GCCCACAGAGACACCCAACUCUUUCUAACACACUCAAAGCUUUUCUUCUCUCUCUCUCUCUGUCUUUCUCUCUCUCUCUCCACACAUUUGAGGAGAAGGAGCUCUCUCACACAUUGGUCUCUUUUAUCUCUCUCUACAGUGGAGAGUGAGUGCUCUUUUCCCACUCUGCUAAAGCGAAGGACCCCUCCAAAGUUCUGAUCUUUGAGACUCUAUCAGAGCGUCCUUUAAUUAGUCUGACCUAGGUUACAGUAUGGAUUUGACAACUUAGAUUCAAGCAUAUUAAGUGUGUUGCACAGCGGUGAUCUGUUUGGUUGAUGUCUUGUAGAUUUUACUAUGCUAUUAGUGGACUUGGAGAUGGAAAAAGUCGAUACUAUCAAUGGUGGGAGUCAUAUGGUGAAAUUGGGGGUUGAGUGAUGGGUUUGUUCAAUCUGAUCUAUUUAACAAGUCCGCAUUCUGUCAAUGGCCUCAAAAUCUGGUGCCAGAAUUUCUCCGGAAAAACAGAGAAAAUUGAUUGGUAGUCAAACAACAGAAGGAAAUUUCCGUAGGCCUUCACCUUUACAGAUUACGAAGACUAGCAAAUCGGAGCCAGUUACACCAAGAACAUUAUCCAAGAGUGUGCAAGAAGUCACAUCGAAGCAGGUUCCUGUGGAAACCAGAGAGGAAAAAAGAUUGCUGAGUUCUCAUCAAAAGGAGUCUAGCAGUUCUUUAGCUGGAAAGUUAGACUCAAGUUUAUCGUUGGGUGAGCCAAAACAUGUGCCAGCUUAUGUAAGACCUGCGGUGAAUGAGACUAAGAGUUCACUAGAGGGUGGGGCAGAUCAAGAAAAGAAAACGUCGGAGUAUGGAGUUAGCCCAGCUUCGACUAAAGUCAGUGAUGGAACCAACAGUGUUGCCAAGACCAGUGGGAGUGCCAAAAUUAGUGAUCGAGCUGAUUUUGUUGAGAGUGGGAAGAGCAGUAUCUGUAGAGGUAGCACAAGCAGUGAUGUGAGUGAUGAAAGCACUUGUAGCACCUUAAGUAGCAGUAUCAACAAACCUCACAAGGCAAAUGACAUUCGAUGGGAAGCCAUACAGGCUGUCCGAGCAAAAGUUGGUGUAUUGGGUAUGGGCCAUUUUAGACAUCUUAAGAAGUUGGGUUGUGGUGAUAUUGGAAGCGUGUAUCUUUCGGAGUUGUCUGGAACAAAGUGUUAUUUUGCUUUGAAGAUUAUGGACAAAGAGUCUUUAGCAAACCGUAAAAAACUGCUUCGGGCUCAGACGGAAAGAGAAAUACUACAAUCUUUAGACCAUCCCUUCCUCCCGACCUUAUAUAACCAUUUUGAGACAGAAAAGUUUUCAUGUUUGGUGAUGGAGUUCUGCCCAGGAGGUGACUUGCACACACUUCGACAGAGGCAACCAGGGAAGCAUUUUUCUGAACAAGCAGUAAAAUUCUACGUAGCAGAGAUUCUCCUUGCUCUGGAGUAUCUCCACAUGCUUGGAAUUGUUUAUCGUGACCUCAAGCCGGAAAAUGUCCUUGUGAGGGAAGAUGGACAUAUAAUGCUUUCUGACUUCGACCUUUCCCUCCGCUGCGCGGUGAGUCCAACACUAGUCAAGUCUUCUGCACUUGAGUCAGAACCCUUGCGCAGGAACCCAGUUUAUUGUGUGCAACCAGCUUGCAUUGAGCCCUCCUGUAUCCAACCAUCUUGUGUGGCGCCUACGACAUGUUUCGGGCCUCGUCUGUUUUCAAGCAAAUCCAAGAAAGACCGGAAACCCAAGAAUGAAAUGGGAAACCAAGUCAGUCCAUUGCCAGAGCUUAUUGCAGAGCCAACCAAUGCUCGCUCAAUGUCAUUUGUUGGGACUCAUGAGUAUUUGGCACCUGAAAUUAUCAAAGGUGAAGGGCAUGGCAGUGCUGUUGAUUGGUGGACUUUUGGGAUCUUUCUAUACGAGCUCUUGUUUGGUAAGACUCCUUUCAAGGGAUCGGGGAACCGGGCCACGUUGUUCAAUGUUGUGGGUCAACCACUGCGGUUCCCAGAGUCACCGUUGGUCAGCUUUUCAGCAAGGGAUUUGAUAAGAGGCUUACUAGUGAAAGAACCACAAAAUAGGUUGGCAUAUAAGCGAGGAGCUACAGAGAUCAAACAGCAUCCCUUCUUCGAAGGUGUAAAUUGGGCUUUGAUUCGGUGUGCUAGCCCACCAGAGAUCCCGAAGCCGGUAGAGAUUGAGCGAAUUCCAGCCCCUAUGCCGUCCACCAGUGACAAAGCUGCUUCUGCCGCUGAUAAAAAUUAUUUAGAGUUUGAUUUCUUUUAGUUAAUUUUUCAGAACCAAUCCGCUAUUUGUUUUUGUUAUUUUUUUUUUUUUGCUUGAGAAAGAUGUAGAGUUUCUGAAAUGUUGAUUAUGUGAAAGUUAGGGUUUUUAUAUCCAUAAUGACAAUAUGUUAAUGUUAUGAAACAUUUUCAAA